CACUCAUUCAACAUCAUCGCCAUCAUCAACGUUUUCCUGCUCUGUAACGCAAAAAUAAAAAAUAAAUAAUAAUAAAACACCUUCACAAAGACCCCAUUCGCGAUCCUCAAACCAUAAUCUCCAUGAAAGUUUCAGUUCAUACCACCUAUUUUCCCGUCGUAUCUCCUUACACUUCAAGCUCUAAUUGCAAAAAUGUCGGUUUUUACGUCGCAUAUAUCCUUCUUUCAGUCCUUCAUGGCUUCAAAAUUACCUGCUAUUCUUAAAAUAUCUUGUUCUUGAGUUCAGACAAUAUCCAUCUCUAGAAUCUUUUUUUCCGAUUUCCUGUGCGAGAAAAAAAAACGUGUCUGUUGCCUGAGAAAACUGGGUUUUGUUAUUUUUGCUUUGUUAAAAAUUUUCUGCGUGUUUCGAAAAAAAUAAGUCAUUAAAAAAGUCACUUUUUCUUCGGAUUCAAGCUUUGAUGGUGGACAAAGUGCCUUUCAUGGCUUCCAAAAGGCUUUUUUUAUUUUUUGGUAAUUUAAAUCGUUCCUGUAAAUGUUUUUUCAACUCCCUUUGAAUACCAUUUCAAAUGACCAGUUCUUGCCUUCUAACCUCAUCAAUUUUCAAACUUCAUUUUUUUUCUCUUUUUCAUAAAAUUGGGUCUCUUGAUAGCUUGAAGAACCUGGGAAUUUCUCAGUCUCCAUUGCUAUUAACUCCAAAUUCUUCUUCCAGUUGAGAGACUGCAGGCUGCAGCAACCCCCAUCCACAACCAAUCAAAAUCUUCUCCACCUUGGUCGAUCUCUGCAACUGUAAGAAAUGCAAGGAGCCCAACCCAGAACAGAAAUUUCCCACGAAUUCCAAGCCCAAAUUCAAUAUUACAGACCAAGCAUCCAUACCAGGAGGGCAAACCUUACUGUGAAAUUUCAAGACCUUUAUGGGUUUACCGUAGAAGGGAAUGUCGACGAUGUGAACGUAUUGAACGAGGUGAGGGAGAAGGUGAGGCAGCAGGGUCGUGUUUGGUGGGCAUUGGAGGCCAGCAAAGGCGCAAAUUGGUAUCUGCAGCCUCAGAUUUCUUCUGAAGGCAUCGUCGUAUCCCCUCUUAAAUUGUCCGCCCUCAACAACGCAAUCACAUUGAAGAAGCUAAUCAGGAAGGGAAUCCCACCUGUCCUACGGCCUAAGGUCUGGCUUUCGGUGUCUGGGGCGGCCAAAAAACGGUCGACGGUGCCCGAGAGUUAUUACGAUGACUUGAUCAAGGCUGUUGAGGGGAAGGUUACACCUGCUACUCGGCAGAUCGACCAUGAUCUACCACGGACUUUCCCUGGUCAUCCAUGGUUGGACACUCCAGAGGGUCAUGCAGCUCUUCGACGAGUCCUUGUUGGGUAUUCUUUCCGGGAUUCAGAUGUUGGGUAUUGUCAGGGUUUGAACUAUGUGGCAGCGUUAUUGUUGCUAGUGAUGAAAACAGAAGAAGAUGCAUUUUGGAUGCUUGCUGUCCUCUUGGAAAAUGUACUCGUGAAUGACUGCUACACAGACAACUUAUCAGGCUGCCAUGUUGAACAAAGGGUAUUCAAAGAUUUGCUUACUAAGAAGUGCCCAAGAAUCGCAGCUCAUUUGGAAGCUUUGGAAUUUGAUGUCUCUCUUGUUGCCACUGAGUGGUUUCUCUGCCUCUUCUCUAAGAGCUUGCCUUCAGAGACGACUAUGAGGGUCUGGGAUGUCCUUUUCAAUGAAGGAGCUAAGGUCUUGUUCCAUGUAGCUUUGGCCAUCUUCAUGAUGAAGGAAGAGGAGUUGUUGAUGACCUAUCAGAUUGGCGAUGUGCUCAAUAUCCUACAGAGAACAACCCAUCAUCUCUUUGAUCCUGAUGAAUUAUUGACAGUAGCCUUCGAUAAGAUUGGAUCAAUGACUACCAACACUAUAACAAAGCAACGCAAGAAGCAAGAGCCUGCAGUAAUGGCAGAGCUUGAUCAAAGACUGAGACGGUUAAAUUCUUUUCAAUCGAAUGACAAAUAACCCGCUGCAAAUAACAAAGCAAUCACAUGAUGUGUUAUCUCAAACACCCCGGCGAGAGUCCACUGCCCCUUGUGGGUUGGGGUGAGGCCGUGAGGUUACACUCCACAUCAUCACAAGGAUAUAUAGAGGUGAAAGUGAAACUUUUCUUUUUUUCUUUCUUUCUUUUUCCUGGCUUUAGUCGGGGCGAAUGUAAAGUCUGAACGCUGAAAAUAUUUAUACAACUUUGCAUUCCAAACCAGGGCUGUGGUGAUAAUUUAUCCGCCCUGUAAUUGGAUUGGAAUUCAGUAUCAUGCCUUCCGUUUAGGUUGAGCGAGACUCAAUACCAAUAAUUCCGGUGUA